AUGUAUUUACGGCCAACACAAACACAAAUAAAAUCGUCUUCUAAUAUUGAAUUAGAAGAGGAAACAAAUGAACAAAUUUUGAAUGAUACAGACAAGAAAACAAAACGCUUCAAAAGUCCCAUGAGAAAUAUUUUCAAACGAAAAAGUAAUGAUAAUAUAGAAUCAUCAUAUUAUCGUCUUGAAGGAAAAGAAAAACAGUAUUCGGACUUACAAUUUCAAGAACCGUCAGCUAAAAUUCCUAUACAUGCUAUUAUAUUAGCAACUGUUCUCUUUCUUCUUGGUUCUUUAAUGAUUACAUUAGGUUCAUUAAUGUUAACUGGUUAUAUCCAAACACAGCAUACUGAUCGUUCAUGGCCAUUAAUACUGGUUGGUUUACUUGUUUUUCUUCCGGGUUUUUAUCAUAUACGUAUUGCCUAUUGGGCAUGGAAAGGUGAUAAAAAUUUUUCUUUUGCUGAUAUACCAGAUUUAGAUUGGUUCUAA